CUGUUUAUAAACAACCGCCGCAUGACGUUGUCAAAGCUGACAGCUGCACGGACGAACCGGUUCAGUGUUGCAACCGGUUCAAGCUGAAGAACGGAGCGAGCGGGAAACAGAACAGUGACAGAGAGAGAACAAGCAGCUCGCCCGGCAUGACAUGAUCGCCAUGUCAGUGAGUUCAACGCGUGCUCGUGCUUUGAAUGUGAAAAAAUAAGACUAAUCAAUACGAUUUGUGAAAAAAAAACACUUGAAACAGCAAAACAACGGUGUCGUGAAUCUAGCUGCCGACAGCAGACGGGAAAUCAUCAGCCGCGAAGGCAGUGGUGUGUGCGAAUGCGCGCUCGUGUAUUGGUGUGCGUGACAGUAGCAAAAUGCCUCGCACGGGUACAACUUCACCUACGGUGGACCGUACGGAACAUAGCGAUAGAGAAAAUUCCGACGAGGAGGACGCAGUGAUGCCUAACGCACAGCACGGAACCGGAAUGGAUGACUACAGUGAAAGGAAAAAUGAUUCUGAUAGUUCUAUUAGUGGUAGCGAUGGGGAUAGUUCCUUUGUUGGCAAAAUUCGUUCGAACUUUUCGGGCAUGCUAUCCGUACUGUUGCCGGCACGUCGGCGGGGAGAUGGAACGGCACCGACCCGAAAACCAGCAGAACGACACUCCAGCGCUAGGAAUAUUUUCGAUGAGCAAAACGAAGAACGGCUAUCACACGAGCUGAGAAAGCGACCACAUUCACCUAAUGCAGUCGAUUCCGAUGUCAGCAGUAACGUUAGCCGUACUUAUGAAAUGAUCAGGAAACGACCCCGGCUGCGUGAAACUGAUGACACUAAGGAAGAGAAAAGCAUACGCCCUACAUCCGCAACGCUCCGAACGCGAACAUCAUCGUUCAGCACAAGCCAUCGGCUGGGUGGAUUGAUGAGCAACUCAGCCUAUCGUAAUCGUAUGCAACAGUCACGCAGUGGGUAUGUGCACAAGACACUGUUCGGUUCCUCGCAUCUUAAAUCCACCAAAGACAGGAACAAUUCCGAUGCCUCUGCUCGUCGUCCAUCGUUUAACAUAUCCGCAGCCAAAAUGUCAAAAUCGUUGAGCAACGGGUGGAUUCCCCCGGAGUACGGUGGUUCACCGUUCUAUGAAGGAUUGACCCGGUACGGAGGAGCAUCUUCUGCACGAACGCUCGCCACCAAAGGUCCAUCGCGUCCGGCCGUUACCGUAUUGGUGAAAAAUUCACACCCAAUCGGCAAAGCGCAAUCGCUCCCGGAUGCCCUAGUGGAAGUAAAUCCAGAAAGAGAUACAUCCGCCAUGUCCUACGCUUCGCGGCGAAUCCUUGAAAUAGUGGAUGAAUAUUCUGCCAGGAGUUCGUCAUCGAACCGUGAGAUGACGCGUUCGAACACAGACUUACGCACACCACGUACAUUGCAAAUGCUAAAUCUAAUACGCUCGCAACAGAUGGAACGUACUGAAGAAUUGGAACAACAGCCGCCAGCUCGGCCUCCGACGGUGCCCCCAGCAGAGUACACGCUACCCAUGCACGUCGAUAAUCCGACCAGCCCGAUAGGUAAAGACGAACCUAAAUCGACCGGUGGAAAGCAGAUAACGAAAAAGACACGGCUGCAUGCGGACCCGAUAAAGGAACGAGAUGUGGCUACGGUGGAGCCGAUUCAGCUGCCAAAUUUGAAACUACCUCCACUGCUUGAGGGACUGCCAAAGUUCGAUUUUACCGUACCGAUGAAGGGACCAUUACUUGUGGCAGAUAAGGAAGAGGGAAAGAAAAAUACGAAGAGCAUGAACGGGGAAAAAUUGCCGGCAAAUGAUGAGAAUAAGAAACAAGGAGAGAUGGCAAAGAACACAACGGUUCAGGAAAUUCGUUCAUUUGGAUUUACAUCACCGAUGCCGCUGAAUAGGUCAGCUCAAGUCACCGAUUCUGUUCCUGCUGCUGUGCCGACCAUACCUACACCAGAAACAUCCAUCUCCCUGUUCCGUGAGAUGACCAAGUUUAUAUUUACAUCCCCUAAAUUGCUUAACGGUUCAUCGCAGAACACCAGCUCAGUUCCCGCACAUCGUGAAACGGAUACGUUUGUAUUUGCCACGCCUAUAGUGCUUGGUAACUCAACUGUACCGAUUCCAACAGCGACCAUAUCGUUCGAAUUUGCAUUACCGGAACCAUUGGCAGUUCCGAAGGAUGCUGCGAAGGUACGUUCCUUCCAGGAACUGAUGGCCGAAACGGCCACCAAAUGGGCGUGUGAUGUGUGUAUGAUCCGAAAUGAACCACACCAGGAGAAGUGUAUUGCGUGUGAAAGUCCCAAGCCGGCCACCGUUCCAGCGAAGAAAAAGGAACAGUUCCUUCCAGCUGCUACCAACACCAGCAAUCCCACGUCCGGCAGCUUUGCUGCCAUUGUCAACGCACAGUCAGGUCGAUGGGAAUGUCCGGCCUGCAGUGUACGAAACGAACCCACGGCAUCGGUUUGCGUCUGCUGUGCGACAGAAAAUCCGACCGGAGGAACGAAGAGCAAUCCAACGUCCGGCAGCUUUGCUGCCAUUGUCAACGCACAGUCAAGUCGCUGGGAAUGUCCGGCCUGCAGUGUACGAAACGAACCCACGGCAUCGGUUUGCGUCUGCUGUGCGACAGAAAAUUCGACCGGAGGAAAGAACAGCAAUCCCACGUCCGGCAGCUUUGCUGCCAUUGUCAACGCACAGUCAAGUCGCUGGGAAUGUCCAGCUUGCAGUGUACGAAACGAACCCACAGCAUCGGUUUGCGUUUGUUGUGCAACGGCAAAUCCGACCGGAGGAACGAAAUAGACAAAAAGGAUAGAAUGAGGAGUACAUGGUUUGUAAGGCAAAGGAAAGGGAUUAAGGGAUGAGUUUAAGUAAGACACAGGAACUCUUAAACAUAAACAUUAACACUAUCAUUAUGCAGUUCGCCAUAUAAUGGAUUAUAAUAUUGCAUUUUUUUUUUGUUGGAACAUAUUCAUUUUGCACUCUUUCAUGUUAAUGGAAAACAAUUAACAACACGAAGAGUGUUAGUAGAAGAAGUGGAGAGCAGAUAAAUAAGAUAAAUAAUAGUACCGGUACAGAUGAAUCAAACGGGUGCUUCAAAAUGAUUGAAGAUUUAUCCACAACCCUGGUGGUACGAGUAACGGGGAGAACAUUAAACGUAUGCAAACACAUUUCCAAAGCUAAAAUAUGGCAAAUAAUUUACGCAUCGAUACAAGGAGAAGCGCUUCAAUGAUGACCGGAAGGGAUGGUUUUGUUGGACCGUCGCAAAAGAAAGAGGAGUAAAAACUUGUUUGAAUAUAUGAAAUACAAAAUAAAUGUAUAAAAGGAUACAGAAUAACAGAACGAAACAUAGAUAAAGAAAUAUGAAAAGACAUAGUUAUUUUUUUAUGAAUGAAUAGCAGGGGAACGUUAGAUAUUGUUUGUUAAAAUGAUGAUAGGGAGAGUUUUUUUUAUAUAACAUUACGUUUACCUCUCAAGAAUAGGAUGUGGGUCGGCAAAUCUGAUGCAUAUUUCCUGUACUGAAAAAAUGGCGCAAAACAUGGCGAUUCCAAUUACUUGCCCUCUCUCGUUAUUUACAACUUUUCAUUUUGAUAUUGAACUCAAGUGGCAACUAAAUAACUCAAUCAAUGCGGUCUAUGGCUUGGUAAAAGUUGUAUAAAAUAUGAUAAAAAAAUAAUGAAUAAUAAAAGUAAUAAAACCAUCAUCAAAAGAAAAUUUACAAUGAUUUAAUGUUGUAUUACAUUUGUUGAAAGAAACUAAUAUUUGAUGUUGAUAUUUCGAGGUAAGGAUCUUCUUUAAUAUAAUUUUCCUAAAGCUUCUAAGAACCCGAAGCCUUUUUUAUACAACGAAAACAUUAAUCUUCCAUUUGCAGUUGUUUGCGAGUUUUCGAUCAUCAAAAAAAAAGUGAAACAGUGACAAUUUUGUGGUGUGAAGCAUUUGUGUCUGUUUCGGAGUUUUCACAACAUUUACACACCACUCGAAUCGAUAUCCUUUUCUGUUUUCUAUUUCGAAACCACCCCGAUACCAGACCAGAAAAAAAACGUUAGGACACAAACCACUCCAUGUUCUGCGGAAGAAUGAAAAAAAAAAGAAUUUCCAACAAAACCAACUGCUGCUACACAAACGAAAUGGUGCUCAUGUCCUUUAGUGUAGUCCAUGUCCAUUUCCAUCACCUUUAAGUAUCGGAUAGUUGGAAGAACUUAAGCGAGAGAAUACAGGGAA